ACGCCUGGUCCCUGUGGAAUGAAAGCUUUGAUCGCUUCGACAAGUUCAUUCUUCCCUUUUCGCGCGUCCAGAACGUAGUCUGCUCCCGCCUCCUGCACAUCUCAAGACCUUCGUCUCUCGCUUCCACUGCCACAACAUUCAGCCCAGGAGCUUUUGCAAAUUUGAUACCCAGGUGCCCAAGGCCUCCACCUGCACCCACAGGAUGCUUCACGUCCUCCCAAACAAUGUUCCGCUGUCGGCUGCAGCCCUUAUCGAACCUCUUGCCACUGCACAUCAUGCCGUCAAGGCUGCUAGGAUUGCUGAUUGGGCAGAUAUCAACGUCCUUAUCAUUGGAGGCGGCCCGGUUGGUGUGAUGACAUUACUAGCAUUGAGAGCACAAGGAGUAAAAAAGAUCAUUGUGUCCGAACAAACUUUGGCUCGACGAGAACUUCUUUCAGGGUUUGCCGAUCUGGUCAUCAAUCCGUUUGAAGAAGACGUGCCAAAGCUGUGCGAGGAUCACACAGGAGGUGUGGGACCUGACGUUGUAUACGACUGUGCUGGUAUUCCUCAGAGCAUCGAAAGUGCCUUCAAAGCAAUCAGAGUCGGAGGUACUCACGUGAAUGUAGCGGUUUGGGAAAAGCCGAUGGUUUUGCCGAUGUGGGACUUUUUGUUCAAGGACAUUUCAAUCCACCCUGCACUGGCUUAUAAUGACCAAGACUUUUCCGAAGUCGUGCAAAUGCUUUCAGAAGGGAAAUUCCAUGGUUAUGAGAAGUUAGUGAGCACCAAGAUAUCGUUGGAAGACCUCGUUGAGAAAGGUUUCGAAGAACUCAUCCACAACAAAGACGCGCAUUUGAAAAUCUUGGUGACUCCAAAACUAGACAGCCUGCGAAAAUAG